ACUCCAUAAAGGACGGCGAGGAAACGGACGGCAGCGACCGCGAGCAGGCGCUUAAAGAGCUCAUGACUGCCACGGGCAGCGCGGGCGGCGGCGGGCACGGGCCGUCGGUGAGCAACGUGUCGACCAUCGGGACGGGCACAGCGGUGAUUGAUGAGGCCACGGCGCCCGUGCUGCUGAAACGACUCAAGUGGGACGGCGACGCUAAACAAGCGCUCUCCCGCCUUGUGGGAGUGUCCAUUGAGAAAAAGGUGCGUUUCGAGGUGGCUCUACUGGAUUCCAAGUCGGUGGCAUCAGCGGUUGUCAAUUUCUGCGACAUGAUUUCAGCGGACGUGCUCGUGCUGGCGACGACACGUGGCAUCUCCAGGCACGAGCCAGCUCAGCAGAACACGAUCCAGAAGGUGCUGUCCAAGAUUGGCCACGUCAGCCACACUGAGCUGGCACACCACUGCAGCAAGAACGCCCCGUGCGCGGUGGUGAUUAUAUCGGAGCAUGAGGAGGAGGAUGAGGAGGAGGAUGGGUAG